AUGUGGGUGUUAUUGUUUGUACAGCUGCCACCACUAUUCAACCUUCCAAAGUCUCAUCUUCAGUGUUAUGGGGAAACAGUUUAUUGCAUGGGCACCGACAUGCUAAGUAGAUGUAAUCAAGCUGAUAGCCCUGUGGACAGAUUCAUAUCGGUUGUGGCUUGGAACAUUUCUACGUUGCGACCUCCCAUAUUUGGGUUUGCCCCUUACAACCCAAUCCUUGGCGAGACUCACCAUGUCUCAAGGGCAAAUCUGAAUGUCCUACUUGAGCAGAUUUCUCACCACCCGCCAGUUUCUGCUCUUCAUGCAACUGAUGAGAAACAAAAAAUUCAACUUAUUUGGUGUCAACAAUGUGUUCCUAAAUUCAAUGGUAUUGCGGUGGUAAAUGAGGUGAUAGGGAAGAGACAACUUAAGCUCCUAAGUCGUGGAGAAACGUAUGAAAUGAACUCUCCAAACCUCUUAAUAAGAAUUUUACCGACGCCUGGUGUUGAUUGGGAUGGAGAUGUUAGGAUCAGGUGCCCAGAGAAUGGCCUUGAAGCUGAGUUACACUAUGGACACAAGUCUUUUCUUGGGCUUAGAGGAAGUCAUAGAUCUGUCAAAGGAAAAUUCCUUGAAACAUCAACUAAGAGGACCCUUUUUGAAUUCAACGGCAACUGGGAUAGAACUGUUACAAUGAAGGACAAUACUAGUGGAAAGCUGACAGUAAUAUACAAUGCAGAAGAAGUUUAUUCAGGGCUGAAAACGCCUACUGUUAAUGAUUUACAGGGAGUACGGUCAACAGAAUCUGCUGCAGUAUGGAGUGAGUUAAGCGAGGCCUUAAUGAGGCACGAUUGGGAGAAAGCAAAUGAAACAAAGAAUGCGGUGGAGGAGAAACAGAGGGAGCUGUUGAGGGAAAGAGAGUCAAAAGGAGAAACUUGGGUUCCCCAACAUUUCACUUUGACUCGCAAUAAAGAUGGAGUCUGGGACUGUUUACCAAUCCAUCAAUGGGUUCCACCUGCUCCAAUUAUUGUUCCUCUCUCAUAAGCUAAAUUACUAAUUAAUUAAGAUAAACAAACAAUUAGUAGCUUAUACGUAGUUCUAUGAAUCCCCUCUCUGGGCCUCUUACUUGCACUAUUAAAACUCAUAAACAACUGGAAUCUGACCCUACUAGUUAAUGGCUAAACUCCUGCAUGUCAUGUGUUGGUUUGUGUACUAAGACUAAGCGAAUUAGCAAUGAGAUAUAUGCCGUAUUUAAGUUGUC